GCUCCAGCGCGACGGCAUUUUGCUUUACGAUAGUCCAGGCCUGCCGUUUGUAUUUAGCUGAGUGCUUGCUAGUCGUUAGCAUUACCACCGUUUGCGGAGUAUCGAUACUUGCUGUUAUACAAUGGGAAUUGAGCAUGAAACGGAUCGGACGCUCUUCGUUAGAAAUUUAGAUUCCAGAGUGACGGAGGAGCUUCUGUUUGAGCUGUUUUUACAGGCAGGACCUCUCAUCAAAACCAAAAUCCCAAAGGAUGGGGAAGGGAAACAGAAAACAUUUGGUUUUGCAGUCUACAAACAUGAAGUGUCCGUGCCAUAUGCCGUAAAACUACUGGACGGGGCAGCGCUGUUUGGGAGAAGUCUUCAUGUGCAGUUCAGAUCAGGCAGUAGUCAUGGCAGCAGUCCAGGGAACUCACAGAAUACAAGUCCUGCAAAUACACCAAAUCCCCAUGGUCAAAGGACACCGAUCCAGUUCAGUUCACCGCCAUACACUCCUCCACCCCAGAUGCAAAGAUCGUUCUCGUCUCCUGAUAAUCUGCAGAAGCAUGCCAUGAUGAACAAUGUGAUGUUGCAGCUCCACAUGCAGCAGCUCGAUCAGUUAAAUGGAGGCUUUGUGAAGCCUCAGCAGAGGCAGCCGUCAGCAUGGGGACAUUCUGGAAGUGGAGGCUCGCGGCAACACGAUAACACCCCCUAUCAACGCAACUGGAACAGCAGUGGCAGAAAUCAGCGAUACUCGGAAGAACCAGGUACCGGCCGCCAUCAGCAACACGGCCACAGCCGGGACAACUAUCACCAUCAGAGUGACAGGAGCAGCAACCGCCACCAUGACGGCAGAGGUGGCGGCAGACAUGAUGACAAGGGUAGCAGCCGUGGCCACCAGGACAGCAGAUGGCGACGCUACUAAGAUGCGUGAAGGACGUUCUUUAGGGACUGCGGUGAUUCACAACUCUUUGGACAGCUUACUAAAAAAAGAAAAUCAUGGGUUAUGUUGACAAAUUCACAUGUAUACUCAGGUUUUUUGUACAUAAUCCUACCUGAUUCAAUGACUUUUGCAUCAGAGCCAUUUUUGUUUAUUUCUAAAAGGUGUUUUUAAAUUUGUACACUUCUAAAAUGUGAGUUUUUCCUCACAAAUGUCACGAAAUAUUGAGGUAAAAAGUUGUAUUAUUAUUAUAUGAGCAAGGAAAAAAAAUCAGACAGAACUUGUAGACAUUGUGGAAGAGAAAAACAAACUCCAUGUCUUUAAAAAAAAAAGAAAAAGAUUUAGGAUACAUGCCAGUUUUUAUUUUAUGCAAAUUGUAUUUGAAAGGUGCUCUCAGAACUUUACACAGAUCUUCAGGUACUUAGCAAAAAAGAACAACAACCAUGUCAGCAAGAGAUUCCACCAGCACCACUUUUACUGCAAUAUGGCACCACUCUUUCAUAAUUGUAGAUCUGUUGACCUUGCUCUUUGUAAGAAUAGGCUUUGUUUUAUUUUUUUUAUUCUGAGUCUGUAAGACAAACUGUUUUAAAAUGGACAUUUUCAUUAUUAUAAAGCUCCUUUCAUUUAA